AUGUCGGAAGACAGUAGCAGAAAGCGUGUUACAUUUACUGCAGAGGAAUGGGACUCAAUCGCCCGAUAUUUAGUUGGAAACAACACACGACAAAGAGACAACAUAAUCAUUCCAAGAAUAGCUGGGCCUGUCAAAAUAAAGGGAGACGAGGAGAAAAUGGUUGAAGCCUUUUUCGAAAGUUGCGCUUUCAAGUCAACUCUCAGCUGUGUCUUAGGUUAUGGAGUUGGAGCUGCGUUUGGGCUUUUUACUUCAGGAGUCAACCCUCCUGUGACACUUCCCGAUGCUCCACCGCAAACUGCUAGAGAAGUUUUCAGAGACAUGAAAACUACCACUCUAAGUUAUGCCAAAAAUUUCGCAAUGGUUGGAGGUGUAUUUGCUGCUGUGGAAUGCACUGUUGAAUCGUAUCGAGGCACAACAGACUGGAAAAAUGGUACAUAUGCUGGUGGAAUUACAGGUGGAUUGAUAGGAGUUAGAGCUGGUUUGAAAGCUGGUCUUUUAGGAGCUGCUGGAUUUGCAGCAUUUUCAACCAUCAUAGAUUAUUACAUGCGUCAUUAAAUCGCUCAAGAAUAAUAGUACUUUUUCAAUUGAAUAUUAAAGCCUAAAUCGAAUAUUUAAUAAAAUGUGUCAACUUGUUA